AUGCAUCUCAUGUACACCGAAGACCCAAUUACGGGCAAGCGAAUCUACACGUUGAAAAAGGUCCUCGACGGCACCGUCACAAAGUCCGCCCAUCCUGCAAGAUUUUCCCCAGACGACAAGUACUCGAGACAUCGAGUCACUCUGAAGAAGCGAUAUGGACUCCUUCUGACGCAGCAGAGUACGUUUAUUGCGAUGCGAUCUGACCUUCGAGUGCACGACGAUUGA